UGUGAAUCCUGCGAUAUGAUUGGCUGAGGAAGGGUCGUUCUUUCUUUCCUUCCUCCCUGAGAGAGACCGUACCAAGAUGAACGACAGCGUCACCAUUAGAACUCGGAAGUUCAUGACCAACAGACUGCUUCAGAGGAAGCAAAUGGUCAUAGAUGUCCUUCAUCCUGGGAAAGCUACUGUCCCAAAGACCGAAAUCAGGGAGAAGCUGGCUAAAAUGUACAAGACUACCCCGGAUGUCAUCUUUGUCUUCGGUUUCAGAACUCACUUUGGUGGCGGCAAGACUACAGGCUUUGGCAUGAUCUACGAUUCUCUAGACUAUGCAAAGAAGAAUGAACCCAAACACAGACUGGCCAGGCAUGGUCUCUAUGAGAAGAAAAAGACUUCCCGAAAACAGCGUAAAGAACGGAAGAACAGAAUGAAGAAAGUUAGGGGUACAGCGAAAGCCAGUGUGGGUGCUGGUAAAAAGAAAUGAAGUGAUCAGCAGAAGGACUAAAGGAUCCCAUGACUGUCCACAUGAAGAUUAUACUUCUGUUCUUGUAAUAAAAAUGUAUAAAAAUUGA